AUGGAAGCGGCCCAACCCCCGAGACGGCGGAGGCCGGCGCGGGCCCGGUCCCGUCGCCGCUCGCGCCGCGGGGUCGUCGGCGUCGGCCCCGGCACGUGUUCGGGGUGGUGCUGGGGGACGUGGGCCGCGGCCCCCCGGACGCGGUAUCGCGCCCCGUCCCUGGCCAGGCGCGGCUUCGCCGUCACCCCGCUGGGCUUCGGCCGUUCCGGGCCCUACGGCGCCCUCUUAAACUGUGAGAGAAUUAGGAUCGGGCCCCUGGCGGAGGUCAAGAGGCUCCCAGCCGGGCCCCAGAUCCUUCAGUACGCCGUCAGAGUCGCUCUUCAAGCCCCGCGGCUUCUCUCGGGAAGACAGAUCCUGCCGUUUACGUUUUCCUCCACGAUCCCCCCGGCUCGCCCCGUGACGCCCGCGUGGAAGCGGGCUGGCCGUAGACCGGCCCGGUUAUGGCUACGGCCUCCUGGCCUUGACGCCUGGAGCCCGACACCCCAUGGUCCAGCUGGCCCUGUGGCACGAAAAUCCGUGCGGGCGUUUGUCCGACCCGAACUAACGUGUCACCAAAGCGAUGAGGGACGACCUGGCGAGGAGCUGCGACAUGACAGUCUACGACGGGCCGCCCUCUUUGAGGAGACGCCCCCGGAAUUACGGCGGGAGCCUUACGUGAAACUGGGCCUCACUCACGCCCCGUUCAGAGCCGGUGGGAGCGUGAGCCAGCUGGAGAGGCCCCUGUUGGUCAGCAGCGCGGGCUGGACGGAGGAUGAAGAUUUUUCCAUCCCCCUCGAAGCACCGGAAACGUCCGAUGGGUUGAGCGGUGAAGGAGCGGGCGUCCCAUCUCCGGCGUGUGCGGUAACAGGCGAGGGGCCUCUUGAGGACCGUCACGGCCACGUCAUCCGUCCCCCGAGCCUCCGAAACGUACAGAUCUGCGGGCCGCGGCUGGAAACCGAGGCGUACCGCCUGCUCCCGGGAUCGGCAGAUCUGGGAGUCUGUCUUCACGGAUCCUCCGGCGGUUCGGAUCUGCCCGUGAAAGUGGCGGAUGCGUUUGGCUGCUAUUUACCUGUCUGCGCCGUGCACUUCCAGUGCCUAUUCAAUAAGCGUGAACUUGUGAAACAUGAAGAAAACGGCCCGAUCUUUAAGGAUUCUGAGGAACCAGCCGCUCAGCUACAGAUGGCCUUCUCGGGCUAUCCCGAUCCUGCCGGCCCACUUCACCCGUUCACGACCAACCUGCCGUUGUCCAGGCAGUUCCGCUGGGAUGGGAGCUGGGAGCCAACGGUGCUCCCUUUACUGGGCCGAUUUUGA